AUGGCUUCGCCGUCCGACGAAAGCCUCGUCUCGACCAAGUCUAAGCGCUCGCGCUUCAGCAAGAUCUUCCGGCGCAACUCGUCUUCGACUUCAGUCGCUACCGUACCGGCCUCUCCCGAUGCUCACGAGUCUAGCAACACCAAGGCAGAACCUAGCCCGUCCAAAGCCGACUCCGGCAGCAUCAAGUCGAAGCGCACGCCGAUGGACAGGCUCCUUCGCCGCUCCUCGACUUCCUCGCUCGCCAGCGUCGGCGUCACAGACACGCAAGUCCAAGCGAGCCCCGAACCGCAACCCAAAUCUCUCAAACGCACCGACUCCGCGUCCUCCUCCCUCUCCGCCGUCGUAUCCGACGCAAAGGCCGAAGACACCGCUUCCACGAAGUCGAAGGGCAAGGGCGCCCUACGCCGCUCGCUCUCCGCGCUGAGCAUCACACGACCGCGCCACCGCCGUGCCGCAUCCGAUCCGCUUGCCGUUGACACGCGCAGCGCGUCGCCGCCUCCGGUUGCACCGUCGGAGGGUCUACACAAGAUGCUCAGCCCGGUCGAGGAGUCGCCGGUCGUUGUGCGGGGUUCUAUUCUGGCGCUCGAGGUUCCGCCUGCGGAGCCGGCUGGCGCACCGGAGGUGCUCAGUGCAUCUGGGGUGCUCGUUGAUCGCCCUACCGAAGCGGAUCCCGAGCCUGCGCAGAACGAGUCGAUUGGCGAAUCGGUUGCUGCGGCUUCAGGUGAUGCUUCUGCGCAAGCGCCACCCACGCUUCUCGAGAGCACGCCCCAAGCGGACGACGCACGGGUCGCAGCCACUGUACCCGAGGUGCAGGCGCCUCAGGAGGUCGAGCCAGAACCACCCGUACAAGAGCCCGCUGCUGGUAUCACUAGGUCUCCGAGUCCUACCGGCUCCGCCUGGACCGAAGCGGCGGCAUCUUCGGCCGCUCUCGAUGAGUCGGCGUCUGCUGUGGAUAGCACGCUUGCUGUCGUGUCGGCCCCAGUCGGCGCACAUUCGGAUGUCCCUGCAGAACCUGUCGCAGAGUCUGCACCGCCCGUCGUCGAUAUCGUCAGGACGCCUAGCCCUGCUGCUUCUGUUUGGACCGAGGCGGAUGCGAAUACGGUGCCCGCUGGCGUCACAGACGGACCGUCUGUAGCGGAAGAGUUGCGCGCUACAGACUCUCAGUCGACUAUACUGGAGCCCGAUGUAUCCUCGUCGCCCCCGUCCCAGCCUGUCGACGUUGACGCUGCCAGGCCGGCAAGUCCUUCGCCGUCUGCGUCUUGGACCGAGGCGGACAUGUCCUCGAGCGGCGUCGAAGAGUCGCAACCUGUAGCUGCGCACCUCGACGAGCCGCAAAUCGCCGUCGCAGAGGCACAGGUGACGCCUUUGGAACUCUCCCAGCUACCCAUCUCGCCCGAUCCCGCUGUCGAGGUCGCCAGUCCCACCAGCCCCGUACGGCAUGAGACGAAAGCGCCGACGGAUGUCAUUGAGCACCCGGCGUCUCCGGCUGCAGAUGCCCGCUCGGUCGAUACCUGGUCUGACGUUUCUUCGGUGUCCUCCAUCCACUUCGCCGCUCCCACUGGUGCUGCCGGUAACGCCGCUGGGCCAUCUUCAGCAGGGCCAACGCAUCUCGAUCACCACGACGCACCUGCCCCGCCUGAACCUGAGUACGCGCAUCUCGGCUGGGUUGUUCAUCUGCCUGGCGUGGAUGGAUCGACGUACUUCACGCAUCGCGGAUACGACGUCGUCACCGACAUCGACCUUCGCUCCAAUGAGACCCUGUAUCAGGUCUCCGAGGUUCUUUCGGGUUUGGGCGUGCCGCCUCCUACUGGGUGGGAGAUGUGGCUCGGUGGCGAUUCGCGCGCACCCGCAUGCUCAUUCGUCAACCAUAACUUGCGUUUGGUGGCGUCUGAGCCUGUCCCCGCGACGUCUUCCAUCGCUGAGCGAGCAAGAUACUGGGCUUAUGUCGAACAGCACCCCGCGCAUUGCGCGCUGGCCAUCUUGUCGGAGCAGAACAUCAAUCAGGCGAAGGGCGCGCUGUCGUGGGAUCGCAUGAAUUGGCCUCUGACACCGACUGGUGAGCGGGUUGAACCGCCCUUGUUUACUGCAGACGAAAGAAGGCGCUUCGCUGCUUCUAUCAACUCUCUUGAAGGGCGUCCUUCCUCCUACGACCUGAUCAUCGCAACGCGGGACAUCGCAGAGAUUAUGCGCCGUCUCUGUCAUUGGGAGCUCAGCAUACCCAAACCCGAGGCAUCCACGUCAAGUCGCGCAAGGAACGAGUCUGCAAGAAGCGAUCGCCGUCCAAGGAUGUACCCUCGCAGAGGACCGCGCGCCAUGCCGGGGUCGGGCCCUGGAGGCUCUGGCCCGUUGUGGAUUGUUGCUGCCGGUGUAGCUGUGGGCGUCGGGUUUGCGUUGAUUGGAGGUGGUAUGAGUCGGCGCACACGCUAA